CCUCCCCCUCAACUCCACCAUGUCCCUAAGCGGUGCCCCAGCACUCGCAGCGAUGCUGCAUCUGUCGGCCCACGAGGCCCUUUCCGGCGUCUUCGGCUCCGUCUCAUUGGCCUCGUGGAUCUUCCUCUUGGUCCCGCAAUUGAUCGAGAACUAUAAGCAGGGCUCCGCCGAUGGCAUAUCGCUUGCCUUUUUGGCCGUCUGGUUCAUUGGCGACAUCACCAACCUCGUUGGAGCUCUGUGGGCUGGUCUCGUGCCCACUGUUACUGCCCUUGCUGUCUAUUUCUGCUUCGCGGAUCUGAUCUUGAUCAGCCAGUGUCUAUACUACAACUUCAUAAACUCGCGGAAGACGAGAAGGCCAUCCGCCAGGUCGACCCAGACAAUGGAUAGCGCGGAGCAGCCUCUGCUAGGGCGGCGCGACAGCAAUAUCGGACUUCCCGGUUCCCACAGGAGACGCUCGUCUGCGAGGAGCCACAGAGAAAGCAUCAACAGGACCGAUUCACUUGCGUCCAUCGUGGAAGAGGAGACUGGUGGUCGGGAAUGGAUCAAGAAUUCUUUGAGCAUACUCGGAGUGGUGGCCGUUGGUACAGCCGGCUGGGCAAUUGCAUGGAAGACUGGAAUCUGGAAACCUACACCUCUAAGCGAUGACGCUGGGACUACUGAAGUAGCACUGGGGGCUCAGAUCUUGGGCUAUGCUAGUGCUGUAUGCUACCUAGGCGCCCGAAUUCCUCAGAUCAUCAAAAACCAGCGGGAGAAGUCCUGCGAGGGUCUCUCUCUGCUCUUCUUCAUCCUCUCCCUCCUUGGUAACGCCACGUACGGUGCAGGAAUCAUCUUCCACUCUGUCGAGAGGGAUUACUUCCUCACCAACCUCCCCUGGCUCAUUGGCUCCCUCGGAACCAUGGUCGAAGACGCAACAAUCUUCGUUCAAUUCCGCAUGUACGGCGACAACUCCCCGUCCGCCGUUGUAUAAACAAACUGUAAUCACGGGCGAUAUGUAAAGGAUGUAUAUCUACAUAAUCUUCGAUACCCUGACAGCGCAUAUGGGUUGUUAUUGAUGGUAUUUGGCGUUUAUAGGUAGCGAAAACGUCUAGGCUUGGACUGAAAAUUCUGCAGAAUAGAACUCGUAUCUUUGUCACUCAUGUGGUCAUCUUGGUAAAGGUGUACAGUGCCUC